CCUGAGGGUACGCCCCUUGCUGCUUCUUGGUCUUCCUUCUCUUCCCGUGUCUUCUGGCGGUGCAGCUCAGGAUUGCAGCCGACUUGCGCCGCCGCCGCCAAUUGGCAGGUCUGCCUGUGACGUUGCAUGGCUCGUGUCGGCGGCACUCCGGCGCCCGCUUGACUUGCGCCCAUUUUGAGUCGGCCGCCGAGAGCGAGCGACGCGGAGGCCAAUCAGCCAUCGUCGGCUGGCAUGGUCUUGGCUAUCCUCUUCCCUCUGUCCAUUUCCGGUUAUCGUUCCCGUCGGUACGCCCCUUGCUGCUUCUUGGUCUUCCUUCUCUUCCCGUGUCUUCUGGCGGUGCAGCUCAGGAUUGCAGCCGACUUGCGACGCCGCCGCCAAUUGGCAGGUCUGCCUGUGACGUUGCAUGGCUCGUGUCGGCGGCACUCCAGCGCCCGCUUGACUUGCGCCCAUCUUGAGUCGGCCGCCGAGAGCGAGCGACGCGGAUGCCAAUCAGCCAUCGUCGGCUGGCAUGGUCUUGGCUAUCUUCUUCCCUCUGUCCAUUUCCGGUUAUCGGUACGCCCCUUGCUGCUUCUUGUUCUUCCUUCUCUUCCCGUGUCUUCUGGCGGUGCAGCUCAGGAUUGCAGCCGACUUGCGACGCCGCCGCCAAUUGGCAGGUCUGCCUGUGACGUUGCAUGGCUCGUGUCGGCGGCACUCCAGCUCCCGCUUGACUUGCGCCCAUCUUGAGUCGGCCGCCGAGAGCGAGCGACGCGGAUGCCAAUCAGCCAUCGUCGGCUGGCAUGGUCUUGGCUAUCCUCUUCCCUCUGUCCAUUUCCGGUUAUCGUUUCCGUCGUUUUUUUUUAUGUUGUUGCCUUCUGCUGCUGCAUCUCUCGCGGCAUCGCCUUGCAAUUUUGCGGCGGUGCAGCUCAUGAUUCUAGCCGACCGGCGACGCCUCGGCCAAUUGGCAGAUCUGCCUGUGGCGACGUAUGGCUCGUGUCGGCGACACUCCUGCGCCCAAUCGGCGUGCAGGGCAAUGGUCAUGACGCAAACAUCGCAGAGCUGCUUGCGGAGGCCUUACGGCCGGUGCCGCCGACGCUGCAGACGGAACGGUUCAAGGAGGCCCCCAAGACGGUUGCCUUCUCCUCCUCAUUCCCUUCUCCUCCGCGUUGCCCCAGUUUGGCUCCUGCUUCCGCGCGCCGGCUGCCUCCCGCGUUGCACCCCGCGCGCGCACCGCCUCUUUGCGCGCACGCGCGCGCGUAGUUUUACCAGUGCAGAGGAGGCCAGCGAGCGUCUCGGCGACUGCUGCUGCCCGCCGGGAUCCUCGCGAUAUACCCUCCGCGAGAGGUGAAGAGAGCAUGGCUUGUAACACGAACGCAGUGCGGCUUGAAAC